AUGAACGCCAGCGGUAUCCCAGUACUGCGGGCUAGCAAAGCUACACGCUCCUCCUUGGCUUGCGUGCCAUGUCGCUCACGGCACUUGAAAUGCGAUGGGAGCCGACCGGGCUGUAGCCGCUGCUGCGAGGCUGCUCAGGAAUGCCACUAUGCGCCAUCACGUCGAGGCGGGUUGGAUCGUGCGGCUCUCGUAGAGCGACGCAAACAACGCCAUGCGGCUGCGCAAUCUGGAGAGAUCCACAUACCCGAUACACAAUUUCUGACGGGAGCGUGCCAGGAGCCUCUUUGCACGGAUCAAGUUGUGGACAUUCCCAGCCAACGCGCCUGUGUUUCAAGCACUGAAAUCUCAAUUAGUUCUGGCAGCGAGGCGUCGUCUGCAUUGCCGACCGGGACUGUGCAAGUCCAUGUUGACAAUAUCCAGUCUGAUCGCCUUGUGAAUUCGUAUUAUCAGAACUUUCAUAUAUUCCACCCAUUUCUCCUGCCACAGAAACAUCUCGUGAGGCUUCAUCAAGACCCAAGCAGACAGCUUCAGCUAAAACCGCUCAUUGCCUUUAUGCGAUUCAUUGGGGAGAUCUACGCUUCUGGGAAUUUCUCGACCACACUAGAGCAUUACGCGGAAGCAUGCCUCUCACAAGCACGACCACUCGAUCCAAUCUUAGUGCAGUGCCAGAUGUUAUACUCCAUAGCUCUUUAUUGGAGCGACCGCAAGGCUGAGGCCUUGUACCAAAUUGACAAUGCCAUUCGUCUCGCGAUUGAUCUGCAGAUGUAUCAAAAGGAGUUCCCAUUGAUGAAUGGAGGAGCCGAUAGUAUCUUAAGGGAAUGUUGGCGGCGGACUUGGUGGAUGCUAUACAUUGUAGAUACUUACUACUCUGGGACGCUUGGAUCGAUGCGGGCUGAUCUCGCGGAUAUUAAGGCCACCGUGGAGUUGCCAUGCGAAGAAUUGGAAUUUGAAUCAGGGAUUAUCCCCAAACCUCAAACCCUGCAGGACUUUGAUAAUCGUGAAUUUAUGACUGGCAAGGUUUUGUUCUCAUCCUUUGCGUACCUCGUGGGCGCCGUAAGAUGCGCCGCCUUAUCUAUAGCAUCGUCAGAGCGCAGUGCGACAAAGCCAGAUUCGAUGCAUGUGUUACAGAGGAUCGACUCUAUUCUAAACGCAUGGAUGCUCCUUUUACCAAAGGAGAAAAAGCAAGUCGUGGCUAAAAAUGGUGAUCUCGAUGAGCUUAUGUUUCAAGCUCACCUUCUCAUUCACGUGGCGAUCAUUAGCCUGCACCGGCCCUUCUCAGAACUGAAAUCCAAUCCUGUCGAAAGUAUCUCGAGCUGUGCUCGGGAUGCAGCUCCCGAGCGUCCAACUCCAGACCUCGUUAAUAUACACACGUUGCGAGUUCUUCGCUCUGCUGAGGAGCAGAUUCAGCUCUUAUCGUUACCAGUUCCGAAAUUCCAACACACUCCGUUUGUCACUUGCAUGAUCACCCAGGGAACGCUUGCACUACUCUCAGCCUGCAAGUUUCUAUUCAAGGGAAUGGAUUUGACAAUUGCAAGAAACCAGGUCAGGACGACUAUUGGCUGUCUUAAUUCACUGGCCGAGAUAUGGCCCAGAGCGGCCAGAAUCGUCAGGGAGAUUCAGACUAUUGCGCGUCACGUACUAGGCCUUGUCCCUGGAACCAGCGAGGGUCAGUUGUGUGCCCGUGGCGAAGGUCCCAGAAGCCCCCGAUUACAGCCAUCGGACAUUGAUGCAGCUCUUACAGAUUCCUUCGCCGAUCUCUGUGGUUGGUACAACAUCGCUGAUAUAGACUUGAGUGGGGUUGGAGAACAAGCAAUGCGCAAUGACAUGAUUUUAUUCGAAUAA